AUGGAGACUAACGUGUCCUCCAGGAACUGUUCCGACCCCCAGAUGUCCUUCCAGUCCACCCUCUAUGCCACCACCUACACCCUCAUCUUCAUCCCAGGGCUCCUGGCCAACAGCGCUGCCCUGUGGGUCCUGUGCCGGUUCCUCAGCAGGAAGAGCAAAGCCGUCAUCUUCAUGAUCAACCUGGCCGUGGCCGACCUGGCCCACGUCCUCUCGCUGCCCCUGCGCACCUACUACUACAUCAACCACACCUGGCCCUUCGGGAGCUUCCUGUGCCAGGUGUGCUUCUACCUGAAGUACCUCAACAUGUACGCCAGCAUCUGCUUCCUCAGCUGCAUCAGCAUCCAGCGGUACCUGUUCCUGCUGCACCCCUUCCGAGCCAAGGGCUGGAAGCGCCGCUACGACAUGGCCAUCAGCGCCCUGGUCUGGCUCUUGGUGGGGGCUGCCUGCCUGCCCCUCAUCAUCGUCAGGAGCCCAGCCCUGUCCAACUCCAUCAACAGCUGCUUCUCGGACCUGGGUGUGAAGCAGCUCAGCCCCGGGGCCGCCAUCGCGCUGGUGACGGUGGCGGAGCUGUUUGGCUUCAUCAUCCCCUUCGGCACCAUCGCCUGGUGCACGUGGAGGAUGUGGCAUUCCCUGCGGGAGGGCCCCACGGCGCUGCAGGAUGCCGGAGAGAAGCGGAAGGCCCUGAGGAUGGUCCUCAUGUGUGCCGCCGUCUUCUUCAUCUGCUUCACCCCCUACCACAUCAACUUCCCCUUCUUCAUGAUGGUGAUCGAGAACGUCAUCCGGGACUGCGCCCUGCACCGGAGCACGCUGCGCUUCCACCCCAUCUCCCUGUGCCUGGCCAGCCUCAACUGCUGCCUGGACCCCGUCCUCUACUACUUCAUGACCUCCGAGUUCCAGGCGCAGCUGCUGCGCCACGGCUGCGUGGCCCUGAGGACGCGGCUCCCGCCCCGCCGCAGCAGCGCCUCCGGCACCGACACCGCCCACGACAUUCGCGUCAGGAAGAGGAAUCUCCCCCGCCUCAAGUUCUGGUCUCUUCCCAAGUUCUUUGGCCAAAUAAACAGCAUGGACAUCCCCACUGUGCCGCCCGAUGAGCUGCUGCUGGAGUCCAUCUCGUGA